AUGGUUUGGAGCGCCCGGAUGUUGAUAGGGCAUUUCGGAUACUGCUGGGGCCUGCAGGAAGGCGACGUCGCCACUGAAUCGCGCGUGAUUCGCCUCGACAUGCUGGAGAAGCUCGCUGUCGCCGGUUGGACCAUUAUACCGACACCAAAGACGGAAUCGCUGCGACCGAUACUGCAGCUUGCCAAAUGCCACAACGCGAAAGCCGUCUUGGACACCCGCAAGCAUCAUCCCGCGGAAUACGAAUACCACGUGGUUCCCGUCUGUAUGCUGUUGAAGAAGAGUCCCCCUAUGCUAUACGUGCACGGCGGCCCGCGGGUCAAGAUCCUCCGUGCGCCAGUCGAGACGUUUCGUGUACCGUACGAAACCUCCCUCACGUCCAGUCUUCCGCGCGUCCAUUCUUCGUCGUCCGGGUCGCUUGCAAGCAUCUAG